AUGCUCGACUCGACUCCCGCAGCAGGGCAGCUCCCCGCGGGGCCCGGCGGGUUUGCGGGGCUCGCGCAGGAGCCAGGCUGGGCGAACGGGCUCCGCGCGUUGGUGGGUCCUUGCCUGCACGAGCAUCGGCGAGCGCCAUCAUUCACCUUGUUCUUCUUCGCUGCUGCCUCGCGCAAGGGCUCAGGCGUUCUGGCGCAGAGCCUCGAGGAGGGGCGGGCCGCCAUCGGCGCGGCCUCCCACUCGACCGAGACCACCGCGUGCGCCAGGUGGGCUACGCUCGGGCCUGCCACGGGGGUCUCCGCGGCCUUAGGUCCCGCGAGUUCCCCGGAGGUGCUGGACCACGCCCUUGCGGGUGUCCAGGCGCUGGGCUGCCUCUUUUUCCGCCGCGCGUGCCCCGACUGGCAGGCGGAGGCCGCAGGCCUGGUCGCGCUGGCUCAGAGCGCCGCCCCGCCGAGGAGCCACCGGCGGGCCAUCGUGGACCGGCAGUGGUGGCAGGGCAACGUCGCGGCGGAGGAUGCUCGCUGCAGGGGGCCGUCGCCGAGGAGAGCAUCGCCGACGCGGCAGGGGAGUGUCGGCGAGGCGGCAGACGUGGUGUUCGCCCAGAUGUCGACGGACGCGGCGGGGCAGCACGUGAACCUGUACGAGGUGCUCUCCUGCGCCGCGUUGCUGUCGCUGCACCUGAGGCAGGAUCAGAAGCUCGUCGUCCUCGCGCUGCUGUGGAGCUCGCAGCAGGACGGCGCGCUGGGCGUCUCGCAAGCCUGCUCGCUGCUGGGCUCCGUGCUGCUCGGCCUGCACCGCCUCGGCGUCCUGCUGCACUCACCGCCGCAGGAGGCGGAGAUAGUGAACGACGUCUGCCGGCUCCUGUGGGUCCUUCGCAGGAGCCAGCCCGCGCGCGACGACGGCCUGCAGCUGGAGGAGCUCCUGCUCGUGUCACGCCUGGACGCCUCCAUCUCACGCGUGCUCGGCGCUUUCUCCGCGCCCGGCGCGGCCGGCGCCACCCCGCGGGAGUCGCGGGCCCCCUCCGUGGCCCCCGCCCGCGCCGGGAGCCCGGCGCCCGCUGCGGGCAGGCCCCUGAAGGCGCCCGUCAGGGGCGGCGGCGGCCGGGGCAGCGGCGGCGGCGGCCUGCCGUUGGGCGGCCACGGCCGGGCCGCACAGGCGCCCGGCCGGGUGUCCACUGUCACUGCCUCGUCCGUGAUGAGCCGGCGGGAGGUCCUGGAGGCCUUUGGCAUCUUUCAGGCGAUCGCCGCCGAGCAGGCGGCGUCGCCUGUGGCCGAGCACGUCGUGGGCUGGGGGUCGGAGGACCUGAGGCUCACCGUCGACCAGAUGCUGGCGUACGGCGUCGUCUCCCCAGAGUUGGCGGCGGCGGCCCUGCACACGUUCGGGUGGGACCCGUCCCACGUCGUGACGGAGGGCGACUUCCUCACCCUGUUCGUGCCGUGCGACGUCAAUGACCCCGCUGCGCUGGAGUUCCAGGCCGGUUUCCGGAACGCUUGGAUGAACCUCCACAGCGACCCAGAGGGCAGCAUGGCAUCCCCUGUGGGAUCCGCCAACGCUCGCAGCUGGGAGUUCGGAGGAGAUGACUUCGCGGAGGUGCUGUGCGCCGCCCCGCAGCCUGGCCCUGCCUCGGUGCGGCCCAGCUCGGCCCCCCCUGGCCUCUCCGCGGCCCGCCGAGCUCCUGUCGCCGCCAAGCCAGGGGCAGCGCCUGACGCUGGGGCCGCCGCGGCCAGCGGCUACCCCCGCCCGAGGCCAUCCCGAGCUGGCGGCGGCCCGCCCGCCGCCGGCGGCGGCACGCCUGCCAGCGGCCCUGUCCCCGCUGGCGCCGGCGCCGGCGCCGCGGAGGCAGAAGGCGCAGUGCCCGUGCCCGCGCCAGCGGGCGGCAGCGUCGGCGGUGGCGCCGCAGAGACGGAAGAGGCAGAGCCAGCGCCAGCUGGCGGCGCUGGCGCCAUGGCCGGCGCCGACGACAGCGUCGGCAUCGGCAGCAGCGGCAGCGGCGCGGCGCCCGGGACGGCGGCCAGAACGCUGGUGGAGGCCGCUGGGGCGUGCGCCGAGUGCGAGGAGGAGGACGAAGUGGCUGGUGUCGGCGCAGAGGUCGCGACGUUCGCGGGCGCGGACCCCGAGAUCUGCGCUGAGGUGGAGGACGACGUGGCCGAGGAGGCGCUGGAGGAGCAGGAGCAGGAGGCCGAGGAGGCCGUGGAGGAGCAGGAGCAGGAGGCCGUCGACGAGGAGCAGAAAACGGUUGAUGUCAGUGCGACAGCGUGCGUGGCCAGCCCAGCUUCCCAGUCGGCCUCUCCCGAGCUGGAGGACGACGAGGCCGAGGUCGACGAGGAGCAGGAUGCUGUGUGUGACAGCGCGGCAGCGUGCGUGAGCAGCCCUGCCUCCAAGUCGGCCGCGUCCUACGCGGAGGAGUCCUUCGAGGAGGCGAGCAGCGCGGGCGGCUCCUCGCCGGGCCGCGGCGCGCCCUCCGCGCGAGGAGAGGGGGCGGCCUGCGACGGGGACGUGUCCUACGAGGACUUCGUCCGCCGCGCCGCCGAGACCCGGCCCGCGUCGGCGCAGCCGGCGCCGGGCACCCCGCCCACCGUGGAGCGGCCCAGCGGCCCGCCUCUCGCAGCGCCGGGCACGCCGCUGGCCGUGGAGGUGUUCCCGAAGCCCGCACCGGCGUGUGCCGCACAGGGGCCCGUGCCUUCGACGCCAGUGGAAGCUUUUGCUGCGCCACGUGCUGGCACUGCGACGCCGGUCGCAGUCGAGUUCCCUGCCGGCCACAUGCCUGUGUUUGCAGGCGGGGCACCAGCCGCAGUGGCGGCGCCCUUCGAGUUCGGCGAGGCCCUGCAUCUACACGGCGCUGCGACGCAGGAGGCUGCGCAGGCGCAGCAGCAGGCGGCGGCGUGCCAGCUGGUGGUCCUGCAGCAGGCCGGGCUGCUGCCCCCGACGCCUGUGCUCGCGCUGGCGUGGCAGGCGGCCCAGCAGCAGGCCGCGGCCGUGCUCCUGCGGCAGCAGCAGCAGCAGCUGGAGGGCCAGGAGUGGCAGCGCGCCCUGGCCGAGGCUACGUUGCAGCAGCCGCCCCCGCAGCUGGAGGACCAGGCCGCCGAAUGGAGCUGAGAGGGGCCAGCCAGCGCCGCGCCGAUGCCGCGCGCGCGGCGGAGAGAGGCCCUCAGAGGAUCGGCGUUGGGAACGGUCAAGGUUUGACUAGGUCCUCCUCUUGGGCCCUCGAGUCAGCAGGUGCCCCUAGCGGUUGGUGAGCCCAACCGCAGCGGCGCGUAGGCGUAGUUGUAGUUAGGUCCUUCAGAGCGUAACCCGGCGAUCGGCUGUUACUGGCCGUCGGCUGUUUCAAAGCGCGUGCGUUUGC